AUAUAAUUGGGCCUUAAUUUAUUACGGGGUUUUUUUUACCCGCCCGUGUUAGUCGGAUCUUAUCUUCUUCGUCUGUGUGGAAGUUCAAGUUCUCUCUCUCUUAAGAAGAAGAAGGAAAAAUAAAAGUUUUUUUUUCAAUCAAAGAGUUCAAAAAUGGUUUCACAGAUAGUCUCUUGUUUAUCUCAAUCUUCGUCUCUUUUAUGUUUCUCCGAUUCACGGAGGAUCAUUCUGCCGAAGACUUAUAACCGCGACGGUUUGAGCCGGUUUUCUCCGGGAUUUGCUAGCCGCCGGUUAUUUACGGUUAACCGGAGGAAAUGGAGAGCCCCUUGCAUUUUCAAUUCUGGGAAAGAACCUGGAGGAGAUGGAAAGUUACAAGGAGGUAGCUCAGAGUGGCCGAUACUUCAGAGGUGGGAAGUUCCAUGGGAAUGGCAGACGGUUUCCUUAACUUCGUUCGCUUGUGCAUUAAGUUUUGUUUUGACAGGAUUAACCGAGAUGGCAGUCAUACCGCUUUUAGGAAUUGAUGCUGAGAAAUUGAGUUUGGACGAUAAGGCUGAAAUUUUGUUCCUGGAUCAAGGCUUAACAACUGCAGUGGUGCUUGCUGUCAUAUUCACUGUUGCCAAAACCUUCGAGCCACUUCCUGAAGAUAUUCUUCGCUAUGAUUUGAGACAACCCUUCAACCUGCAAAAAGGAUGGCUCGUGUGGGGUGGAAUCGGUUUAGUUGGGGCUGUUGGUGCUAUUGCGUUAACAGGUGUUGCUUUAUCCUUGUUCAGAACAGAAGCACCCGAGAGGGAGGUAGACUCUUUGAUGAAGCUUCUUCCAUUAAUUGGCUCCUCAAGCAUCAGCACCUUAAGCUUAGUGGGCAUAACUGGAAUCCUUGCCCCACUUCUUGAGGAGACCGUCUUUCGUGGAUUCUUCAUGGUCUCUCUUACCAAAUGGGUCCCAACCCCAAUAGCAAUUAUCAUCAGCUCAGCUGCGUUUGCCCUUGCUCAUCUCACACCCGGUGAAUUCCCACAGCUGUUUAUUCUAGGAAGUGUUUUGGGAUUAUCAUAUGCACAAACCCGCAAUCUCAUUACCCCUAUGGUCAUACAUGGUAUUUGGAACUCAGGAGUUAUUUUGCUACUCACUUUUCUUCAGAUCCAAGGGUAUGACAUUAAGGAACUAUUGCAGGCAAACUAGCUUUAAGCUUUCCUCUUUGUUCUGUCCGGAGUUAACAUCAAAAAGCUUAAUCAUGUAAUCAGUUGUAGUAAGAUCUUUUGUAUUCGAGAAAAGAAUUCAUACUUUAUGCAAUUUGGGUUUUGGUCGAGUUACAUGUGAUACAUAGCCUUAUUACCACCA